GCGCUAGGCCGACCCGAGAAGUCAAAACUUCUCGCGAUAGGUGAGGCUAGGCUCUCCGGAAGUGAUUUCCCGGAAGAAGCAUGGCUGCUUCCUAGAUUUGGCCGGGCUUUGCACGCUGAACUGCGGACGCCAUGCAGUCGGAUGAUGUUAUCUGGGAUACACUAGGAAACAAGCAGUUUUGUUCCUUUAAAAUAAGAACAAAGACUCAGAGUUUUUGCAGAAAUGAAUAUAGCCUGACUGGACUAUGUAAUCGGUCGUCUUGCCCCCUGGCAAACAGUCAGUAUGCCACCAUCAAAGAAGAGAAAGGACAGUGCUACUUGUAUAUGAAGGUUAUAGAGCGAGCAGCUUUUCCUAGGCGUCUCUGGGAACGGGUUCGGCUUCAUAAAAACUAUGAGAAAGCACUGGAGCAAAUAGAUGAAAAUUUAAUUUACUGGCCCCGUUUUAUUCGACACAAGUGUAAGCAGAGAUUCACCAAGAUCACCCAGUACCUAAUUCGAAUUAGAAAACUUACACUAAAGCGACAGAGGAAACUUGUUCCUUUGAGUAAGAAAGUGGAACGGAGGGAAAAAAGAAGAGAGGAAAAGGCAUUAAUAGCAGCUCAGCUGGAUAAUGCUAUUGAAAAGGAAUUGCUGGAGAGACUGAAACAAGAUACGUAUGGCGACAUCUACAACUUCCCCAUUCACGCCUUCGACAAGGCCCUGGAACAGCAGGAGGCAGACAGUGACUCUUCAGAUUCUGAGGAAAAAGAUGAUGAAGAUGAAGAAGAUGUGGGCAAGAGAGAGUUUGUGGAAGAUGACGAGGUGGAUGAGAGUGACAUAAGUGAUUUUGAGGAUAUGGAUAAACUGGAUGCCAGCAGUGAUGAUCAGGAUGAUAAAUCCUCUGUGGAGGAAGAAAAGGCCCUUUAUGCCAGACAUAAAGGCAAAACACCCUUGAAAGGACCCUUGCGGAGAAAGAGAGCCUAUGUGGAGAUAGAGUAUGAGGAGGAGACAGAGCCUGCGGCCAAGGCCAACACGACGUGACUUCGCCCCAGGCGUUUAUGAACAGGACUGAACAUUUUCAACAUCCUCCUUUCUUUUACCAUCAACAUGUACACACCUCCAGUUUUUGCUCUUUCAUAUGGCAUUGAACACAAUAUUUGUGUUUUUAAUAUUUAUGCUACUUCUGUGGGGCAAGAAAUCUGGGAGGAAGUAAAGGAAGUCUUAAGUUGUGAACAGUUAUUUUUAUAGCAUUGGCAUAUGCUUUGAAGUAACAGCUUGAGCCCAAGAAGUUUAACAGAUGAAUUUGUGGGUAUAAAUAUUUCUAAAUUUUAAAUGCUAUCCACCCGCUUCCUUGGCGUCCUCCCCCCCACCCCCCAACUUUAUUUAGAAAUGUCCAGACUUCAUUUUUUUUCUUGUUCUCUCUUCCCUACUUCUGUGGGAGUAAAAGUAGGAAGAAGAAGGUCUAGUUAUAAUGUUCAGUAUGAAAAUACCUUUUUUCUUAAAUCAUUCUGUUUACACAGUUGGAACAAGAAGAAAAGCCUUCCUACUUUAAACGUAUGAGAAAUUUAAUUUCUGUCGUAGGACGCGCCUUCAGACACCUGCUGCACUUUCCUGAUACAGUUCACCACCUUGCUGUCUUCACAGCUUUGGAGAAUUUUGGCCAGGAGAUCCUGCAACAUGAAACCAAAUAGGCUUUGAUUUUUUUUUUCUUUUUUUUUUUUUUUGACACUUUUCCUUUUACCUUGGUUCUUCUUUCUUGGUACCAUACUCAAGGAAUGAAGGAAGAGAGGAGACUAGAGAGCAGUUCAUGGAACAGGUGUUACGUUAAAAUGUGUUGGCGUGCAUGUGUCCUGCUGGCUCAGGAAGAAGUGGGUUAAUACCCCCAUGCAAAUUAGAUUGGAUUCAGGGCUCGAAAACUGCCUGACAUGAAAACCGACACGAAGUUAUUUGAAUAAACUAGUAAAACAACAAAUACUAUUUCUAAAUGUUUUUAGGAUAUGAAUUUCUUCUCAUGUUGCUUUAUAACUUUAAAUUAAAGAUUAUGGGGGAAGAAAUGAGGUAAUAGUUUAUUAAAUAUAUUUAAAUAGACAGAUAGCUAUUAUAUGCUUUAGCUUUGAAAAGUUAACUUUUGUGGAAUGUGAACCUAAAGGAAGAAUUCCCAUAUGAAUAAAUAGGAAUAUGGAAAAAUACGGUUGCCCCGGAAAAACUAGAAACAUUUUUGGGAUCUGAAUCACUCUACUUAUAUCACUCCUUGGUGGCUUACAGCUCACUAUUUCAUCAUUUAAAAAAAAAAUUCAGAUGACUAAAAUAGAACUUAAGUUUUAUAAACUUAAUAUUUUGCACAUUUUCUGUCCUCUCCCCCAGAGACCUCUCCUAACCCUCUUGCCUUUUGGUCUAAACAGUUCUGAAUCACUUUAAAAUAAGACUAAGGGUGUUAAUCAACCCCCUAUUAAGGGUAGCUGUCUCCAAGGUGGGGGUCUGAACCUUCCAUGUUCAUUUACAGACGGUCAGGCAUGCGAAGUUAUAGGAAUUACUUAAGGACCGGAUGCAGACUCCUACCUUCACCUGUCCUUGAGAACAGUGGUCCAGGAGAAUCAGGCAAUCUGUGGCUUCUUCUAAUAAGGCAUUCUUAACAGGCUCAGGUGUAAGAUUUGGAUCCCUUGCUACAUCACAUAUCAGUUUUAGGAGAGCCUUCAGCAAGACCACAAGUCUACAGGAAAUUCUGGAAUCAAGAAGAAAAAGUUAAGUUCAUACUCUAAAUCAGGAUAUUAAAGCAGAUUUCAAAGGCCAUCCAGGCCCUCAUUUCCUAAAUGACUUAAAGACCAUGGAGCUAGAAGCAGAACGAGAGACCAGAUACCAGAUUUCUUAACUUCAAGCCCCCUUUUUCCCUGCAGCGUAGUGUGUACUCAUACACACACUCUGCCUAAGAAUACCUUGCUCCCUUCUAGAACCUGGUUCUACUGUAAAGAAGUCAUCCCUCCUGAAAAGGGAGAUGUGGGAUCUCCCCUUACCAGGGGCUUAGACUUUGGGCCAAAGAGGAAAUGGUCCACAGUACUUCAACUUUCAUGCAGCUUUGGGCCUGGAAGUUAAAGUGGGAGAAAUAAGCUUGGUUUCUGGGACCUGGGACCUCCAUGUCAAUUGGAAUCUUCUGUCAUUUAGUUCAGAUCCUGGCUUACCAUCACUUAAGCCCAGCAUAUUGACUUCAACUUACUAGUCUUUCUGAAGGUUUUUAUCUUGAUUAAAAAAAAGUUCUGGAAAAUGAUGUGGUGAUGGUUGUACAAAAUUGUGAAGGUAAUUAAUGUCACAGAGUCCAAAUAUUUUUUUUUCUGAGUCCACUUUUAAGUGGUUAAUUGUAUGUACUUCUUUUAAUAAUUUUUAAAAAACCUUAAAAGCCUUAAUCAGAGCUGAAAAAUAAUUUGUAGUGGGAAAUAUGCAAACUAAACUAUCUCUGGACAGAAAUGUGACUGGGAGACUAACAGUCUGCAUCUCUUCACCUAAUAAAUAUUAAGUGGUUUCCUA